AUGCCCGCAGCGGGAAUGAAAUCACCGCACGACCCCAGGAGCGACGGCCACGAGCCCGUCGAGAUAUCCGAACAACCCUCCAGUCCCAAGACGCCAGACAUCGAUCAUGACAGGCGUAGUCCGAGCCCAGAGGGGCAACGACCGCCUCUACCCCCACGGCCCAAUACACUGAGUCUGCUGAACGAUGAAUCGGCCUCUAGGGCAACUCUACAAGCGGAGGCAACAACUGCCGUCUCACGAAUGGACAUCGCGACACAAUCAUUAGAUGCUGGAAGUGCUCAGUCUACAUUGGCUCUGCGUGGCUUGCCCCGAAGCCCAAGGGCCAAGAUGAGUCUCAGCCAGUUGGCCAGCGCGCGGGGCAGCGAAGCGGGGGACUCUGCCAGUAUUCGCAGUUCGAUCCCGAAUACUGAGAAUGGGGAUGUUGAAGCUCUCUUCACAGACUUUGUUGCUACAGCACCCGGGGGCCAGCUACAAGAUGCAGCAGGUCUGCUCAAUUACCCCGAAUUUGCGGCCGAUGAUAUAGACGAUACCGGAAUUUUGAGCGAAUUCGAAUCGGUUGGCGAGCUGAAUGAAGAAGGUGACAAUGAAGAGCUGCUUCUUCAACGGUGGAAGGCGAAGCGCAAACACUAUAUAAUCCUCUCCGCUGCUGGCAAGCCAAUUUGGACAAGACAUGGAGACAGUGGUCUCAUUUCCGGCUAUGUCGGAGUCAUUCAGACAAUCAUAUCCUUCUAUGAGGAGGCAGGCGACCAUCUCCGAGGUUUCUCUGCAGGCGACACUCGGUUCGUUGUCUUGACCCGAGGAUCUUUACACCUUGUCGCAAUCAGUCGCAUGAUGGAAAGCGACAAUCAACUUAAACUUCAGCUAGAGGCAUUGUACAUGCAGAUUUUAUCUACAUUGACACUACCUUCGCUCACCCAUCUCUUCUCGGUUCGGCCGUCUACCGACCUUAAACGCCCUCUGCAAGGUUCUGAGUCUCUUCUGUCUUCCUUGGCAGAUAGUUUUACACGAGGAUCUCCAUCUACAUUAUUAUCUGCUUUGGAAUGUCUCAAGAUCCGCAAACAACAUCGUCAAACCAUCAGCAACGCGCUUCUAAAAACAAAGGCUAGUAGUCUUCUAUAUGGCUUAGUGGUGGCUGGUGGUCGACUCGUCAGUGUUGUUCGCCCAAAGAAGCACUCCCUACAUCCAGGUGAUUUGCAAUUAUUAUUUAACAUGAUAUUUGAGGCCGACGGCGUCAAAGCCGGAGGCGGAGAGAGCUGGAUUCCCGUCUGUCUUCCUGGCUUCAACAGCAGCGGCUAUCUUUACAUGUACGUCAGCUUCCUUGAUAUACGCGACGACAUCGAGAACAGCGCAGAAAUCACCAAGGACGAGUCUGUAGCCAUCAUUCUUAUCAGUCCCGACAAAGAAGCUUUCUUUGAAAUGCAAGGAAUGCGCGAUGCUCUUGUUGAGCAAAUGGAGAACAAUGGUAGUCUCAAGGAGAUCAAGACAGCAAUUGACAACGGCCGACCCGCUACUACGGAUAUAGAUUCUGCGACUGUCCUCCAUCAUUUCUUAUACAAGUCUCGUGCCAACGUACAAUUCACAAUGUCAUCUUACUCGCCUGAAUUCUCAUCAUUAACUAGACGGCGACGACUGAUGUCAAUGUACAACAACCUACACGCGAGCAUUCACACCAAAAACACCCACGUUAAAGUUCACCACUGCGUUUCGCGAUCUAUGAGCUCUUUUGGUUGGGUGACUGCGGUUUUUGAAUUCUACUGCAUUGCCGAACCAAAUACGAAUCGAAAUUCACUCGCUCAGAGCGCCAGUAAGGUUGCUCAGUGGGUGCAGCGUGAGGAGGAGAGGCUCUUUAUUAUUGGCGGUGCGGUCUUCUGA